CUUGUAGCAGCAAAGGGAGGUUAAAUGAAUAACAACAACUGCAUUAAAAAGAGUAGCGAUCAGGGAAUCAGGUUUUUAACUAGAAAGUGAUAUUUAAUUGAGCGACUCAUUAGCAAUAGAAUUCUGACUAUCUGUAAAAUUGCAUGUAUUAUAAACGCAGUGUAACUGGCUACAUUUCAGUCUUUGGAAUUGAACUUUUGGCCAUGAACAUGACAAUCACAGCGAUAUCAUUGUAAAUAACUUUCCUUCAGCGCAGUAUUGCGUGUACAUAACAUUUAUUAGUCUUGCCUUUUUGCUGAAAAUGUUUAACAUUGUUAGAUGGAACUUCAUAAGUGGGGUAAAGACUCAAAGACUCGGAGCCUUAAAACAAGCUGUUCAACAAAGAUGCUCCCGUGUUCGACAAUUCAGCAGUUCCUUCAGGAGAAAUACAGUCAUGCCUGCAUGGGUUAUUGACAAGUAUGGGGGCAAUGAGGUGCUACGUUUCAAUAGCAACAUGACAUUUCCUGUCAUCAACUACCCUAAUGAAGUCAUCAUUAAAGUGCACGCCACAAGUAUAAAUCCAAUCGAUGUUAAUAUGAGAAAUGGAUAUGGAUCUGCAAGUCUGAAUAUGUCCCGUGAUCCACUAAAUGUAAAGACUUCUGGCAGUGAAUUCCCCCUUGUGCUUGGGAGAGAUGUUUCGGGAGUUGUAAUGGAGUGUGGACUUAAUGUACGCUAUUUUAAACCUGGAGAUCAAGUUUGGGGAGCUAUUCCCCCUUGGAAGCAAGGUGCAUUGGCAGAGUUUGUUGUAACUAGUGGCAAUGAGAUAUCAAUGAAGCCAAAGUCACUUAGCCACAUAGAGGCAGCAUCAUUGCCCUAUGUUACUCUUACAGCUUGGGCUGCUUUGGUCAAUAGCUGUGGGCUGAACAAGGAAAAAUGCCCUGGAAAAAGGGUAUUGCUUAUAGGAGCUUCUGGUGGGGUUGGCACUGCUGCUAUUCAGUUAUUGAAGGCCUGGGGAGCACAUGUAACAGCAGUUUGCUCAGAAGAUGCAUUUACUCUAAUAAAAAGUAUUGGCGCAGAUGAUGUUGUUGAUUACAAAGCUGCACAGCUGUCGGAGCAACUGAAAUCACGGGAACUGUUUGAUGUAAUUCUAGACAAUGUUGGAGGAGCAACAGAAGCUCUGGCACUUCAGUUUCUUAAGCCAUGGUCAGGAGCCACCUAUGCAACGCUAGUAACUCCAUUUCUUUAUAAUAAUGAUCGGCUGGGCAUAGCAGAUGGCAUGAUGCGCACCGGCGUUACUCUUAGUUGCAAAGUAGUAAAGCACCUUUGCAAAGGAGUCCAUUAUCGAUGGGUAUUUUUCUCCCCUAGUGGACCAUCUCUGGAUGAGAUAGGAGAACUUGUUAAGGAUGUAAAGAUUCGGCCUGUGAUUGAGGAAAUAUUUUCAUUUUCUGAUGUUCCGAAGGCCUUCAAUAAGGUGGAAAAAGGACACGCAAGAGGCAAAACUGUCAUUAGUGUUACAGAAAGUAAAUAAAUGUUGCUUAUUUGUA